AUUCCCCAAUAAUUUCAUGGAUUUGUUGUUUAUAAUGAAAUUCAUUAUGAAAUCGCCAACAUGGAAUCCUACUAACAGAUUUCUAAUCAUUUUCGAGUGCUCGUUAGAUGAUAACGAAAUUUUAGAGGCGUAUGAUAUAUUAAGAAGGAAACACAUUUACAAAUGCCUUUUCAUACGAUUGUGUGACGGGUUUUUACUGGGAUACUCAUGGAACUUCAAGAAAUCUACAAGUCGAUGUGAAAAUUUGAUUAGUUUGACUCCAUUCAAUAUUAGCGUAGAAAAAGUAGAUGAUUACUUUAUUUCUAAAAUUCCGAAGGAAACUGAAAUUUGUUCUAUCAAUAUUUCACCUGCUAGAGAACCUUCAAGUGAAUCAAUUCGGUCUGUUCAAGAAGCUAUUGCAAAUUUACUUGGACUGAAGUUGAUACAAAACAAACUAAAGAAGGUCUACGGAGAUGAAUUGUUCUUUAACGAUUCAGUUGGUUCAAUUAUAAAUGACCUGAACAACCAUAUGUUGGACAUAGGUGUGAUAACAUGUGAACACGGAAUUAAGAGAGAAUUAGUAGAGAAAACAGUUUUCUACUAUUUCGCGGAAAACAUUUGGUUGUUUCCACGUCGAAAAAUAUUGAAAGAGUGGAACAUAUUUUUUCCAAUACGUUACAUCUCUUACUUUUGCCUCAGUAUAAUCACAAUUAUAAUUGUUUUGGUUCCCCUAUUGACCCUACACUCAAGAUUCCUAAAUGAUGCAAUUGAAAUGUCAUUACUUAAUCGAACAAUAUUUGCCUUUUCAUUAUUGACGACUGCUUCUGGUAAAUUACUGAGUAAAUCAAUCUCUCUUAGACUCUUGAUGUUCAUCGCAAUAAUUCAUGGAUUUUAUCUGAACCUUGUGUACACAUCCCUUAUAAGCAGCAUUGUCACUAAUCCUCCCAGGGAGGCUAAAAUUCGAACGUUUGAAGAUUUUCUUAAAAGUCAUUACCAAAUGAAUUUUUAUGAAGGUUUAUUUGGACAUCUUGAACAAAAGGGUUUCAAAGGUCUACAAGAAGCUAUGAAACAAAAGUGGAUAAAGCCUUCAAGUGACGCCUUUUAUAGUGAAGUAGUGAACGUCAUUAAAAGUCAAAAAUAUGGAAUCGUCGUUAAUAGCAGAGCAACCAAAGUUAUAACAAAUUACAAUGAAGGAGAAAAAUUAAAACUUUUCCAUGACUUUUACUACGAAUGCUUCUUGGUCAGAAAAGGAUUUCCGUAUUUGGAUAAAAUCAAUGAAAUACUAAUGUGGACGUUUGAAGCGGGCAUUUUUGGAAAAUGGCUUAACAUGGAUAUGGCAACUUUGCCACACGUUGCUAUACCUUCUGCUACAUAUGAAGCGACAAAACUAAAAUUACAAGAUUUUACAGGAGCUUUUAUAAUUUUAGGAGUUGGAAUUGUUAUUUCUGUAGGAAUCUUUAUAGCAGAAAUAAUAAUAAUGUAUGUGGUUAAACGUUAAAUAUUAAUUUAUAAUAAAAUUGGCACUCUUGUUUG